AUGACUACCAACGUGCAGAAGUACGCCGAGGAGCGAAACAAACGCCUUCGGCCAGAGGGAACGGCCCAAUACAUCAAUCUCGCCGACUCUGAGCUCCAAAAACUUGUUGCUGAUCCUUGGGUGGACUACGAGGCCCUCGCUCGCCAAGACCAACCCCUUCAAGAUGGUGACAGCACGAAAUUCCUCGUUGUCGGCGCUGGCAUCAACGGCAUAACGUAUGCUGCUCGCCUUAUUGAAGCUGGCUUUAGCCCCCAGGAUAUUGUGUUUGUCGACACUGCCGGCGGGUAUGGAGGUACCUGGUACUGGAACCGUUACCCAGGACUGAUGUGUGAUGUUGAAGGAUAUUGCUACCUGCCGCUACUGGAUGAGACUGGCUAUAUGCCAAAGCACAAGUACUCUUUUGGGGCUGAGAUCAGGGGCCAGUUAGAACGUAUUGCAACUCAAUACGGAUUCCGGGCUAUGUUCUCGACCAAAGUGGACAGUCAUGUCUGGGAUGAAACCAAGGGCCGUUGGAUCUUGGAGAUGACGCAAUCUUUUGGCGAAGUCCAGUCCCCGAAGCAUAUUACGGUACAGACUCAGUUCCUCUUCAUUUGUGGCGGCGUACUCGCCAUUCCUAAAGCCCCAGCGCUGCCAGGACUUGCCGAAUUCGGUGCUCGAAAUGAAAUCUUUCACACCUCUCGAUGGAACUACACCAUUACUGGUGGUAGCCAGGAUCAGCCCGACCUCGUUAACCUGAAAGACAAACGAGUGGCUAUCAUCGGAACCGGAGCCACAUCGGUCCAGGCCGUACCCCAUCUCGCGAAAUGGGCAAAGCACCUUUACGUUAUUCAGAGAACUCCCUCAUACUGCGGGGAGCGAUCUCAGCACGAAACGACGCCUGAGACUUGGGCCAAGGUGACGGAAUCGGGUCCAGGAUGGCAGCGUCGUCGGAUGACGAACUUGAACAGCUUUAUGUCUGCAGAUCCGGAGCCUGUAGACCUCGUCAACGACGGCUGGUCCAGGAACCAAGCUAGAGCCGGCCUGAUUGGUAGCUCCUCAAAGCUGAUGGAGCAAGCCGCGACAAGGGGCCACAUCGAUGGGCUCCUGAGGAUGGAUGAACCCAUUGCUAAUGAGCUUCGUGCUCGUAUCGACAGCGAGGUCCAGGACCCUAGCACGGCUGAGAAGUUGAAGCCAUGGUAUCCUGGGUGGUGCAAACGACCAACUUUUAACGACGAUUAUCUUUCCACCUUCAAUCGUACCAACGUGACCCUUGUGGACACAGAUGGCAAGGGAAUUGAUCGCUACACAGAGCGCGGCAUCGUCGUGGGUGGCCAUGAGCUAGAAGUUGACGUCCUCGUGCUCGCUACUGGUUUCACUGUUGCAAACCAGUUGCUCCCUGAGGACAAUAUCAAAGCCAGUAUAAUCGGUCGUGACGGACGUCACAUAAGAGAGAAAUGGACCUCGCCUGAUCUUGCAACCCUCUUCGGUGUAGCUACCAACGGUUUUCCUAACCUUUUCAGUCGCUUCGGUCCUGGUGGUCCAGCCUCGUAUAACAUGACAUCUGGUUACGAUAUUACUGGACGAUUAAUUGCACACAUCAUUGCGCAUGCGACAAAAGAAUCCAGCCAGCCUCAACGUCUAGUGAUUGAGGCUUGUAGGAAAGACGAGGAAAAGUGGAUAGGCGAAGUUGCAAAGCGUGCAGCGUGGUUCUCUGCUUUGUCCAUCUGCACACCGUCUUACUUCAACGCUGAAGGGGGAAAAGUGCCAACAACACCUGAGCAGGCGUACCAGAAGAGCUUGAAGGCUAGCUGGGGAUCAGGGAUUAACGACUAUGAGCGUAUUACUGAUGAGUAUGCUAAGCGCACUAGUAAUCAACUUGAAGGUUUUAUGGUCAGGGAGGUGUGA